AAACGCACAAACACACAAUACACUGUCAGUGAAGAAGCUCAAGUCUGUCGCGUCUGAGGGCGCUUUCGACGGAGAAACCCACCGUAAAUGGGCUUAUCAUCACACCGGCCGUUACUUUCGUCGUUCCCUUCUACAUCGAUUGAGUGCCGUGAAUGGAUAUUAUUGUCGUCCUUCCGAGAAACCUUACAACGCCCUGUCCGCUACGGCAGCCAUAGCUCGGUCAUCGACGCUGGAGAGUACUGUAAUCUGCCCCUACAAUGGCAGUCUUUAGUCACCAGGUGCUCCUCGCAGUUACAAGAUCAAGGGGAUCAUAUUUGUUAUCCAAGAGGCACAGCUGCUCCUCCCUGUCUUCCAAAGCCUAUCUCCACGUAGUCCCUUCUUGUCACGUCUCGCCUUCGUUCCCACUCAGGUCCUCCCGUUAUGGUCACCAUCACUGUUUCCGUGGCCACCCCCUUGGUCGUAGCCACAGCUCUGUCCUCCUCGCCCGCUCCCUACACAGCUCAGGUGUUUGGCUCCAGGACAUAAAGCAGGAGGACACUAAGACUUCACCACCACCACCUGCUGCUGCUGCUGCUGCUGCUCACGAUGCUUCUUCAGGAGAUAAAAAGGACUCUCAAGCUGCUGCGCCUCAGUCCCAACCUCCAUCAGCUGCCCCUCCAGCACCAACCGCUGCCGCAGGCACCGUCACUCCGGUUAAGGACAAGGCACUCGUGAAGAAGUCUCUGUAUCAGAGGUUCGUGGAUGAGUUGAAGCAUUACUACAAUGGCUUCCGGUUACUCGGCAUCGACAUCAAGAUCGCCGGCAGGAUGGUGUGGAGGCUGCUGCAUGGGCAAGUGCUCACACGGAGGGAGAGGAGAAGGCUGAUGAGGACCUGUGCUGACCUUUUCCGUCUGGUGCCCUUCAUGGUGUUUAUCAUCGUCCCCUUCAUGGAGUUUCUUCUUCCUGUCUUCCUCAAACUGUUCCCAGAGAUGUUGCCCUCCACCUUUGAGACGGAGUCCAAAAAGGAGGAGAAGCAGAAAAAAGGUCUGGCUGCGAAGCUGGAGCUGGCUAAGUUUCUGCAGGAGACGAUCGCUGAGAUGGCUCGAAGGAAUAAAGCAAAGUCGGACGAUGAGGCGCAGCGCUUCUCCAAAUAUGUUCAGGAGGUUCGGGGCACAGGAGAGCAACCCCAAACGAAGGACAUCGUCCGGUUCUCCAAGCUGUUUGAGGACGAGCUGACGCUGGAGCACCUGGAACGCCCCCAGCUGGUGGCUCUGUGCAAACUGUUGGAGCUGCAGCCUAUUGGCACCAACAACUUGCUGCGCUUUCAGCUGAUGAUGAAACUCAGAGCCAUCAAGUCGGACGAUGAGAUGAUUGCGGCCGAGGGUGUGGCGGCCAUGAGUGUGUCAGAGUUGCAGGCAGCGUGCCGCAGUCGUGGGAUGAGGUCUCUCGGUCUUACUACAGAUCAGCUUCGUGAACAGAUGCAGCAGUGGCUGGACCUGCACCUGAAUGAGAACGUUCCUCCAUCGCUGCUGCUGCUCUCCAGAGCCAUGUACCUGACAGACCUCAAACCCAAACCCCACGUCAUCCCGCCUGUUCCUAAGAUCGAGAAGGUUGCUGCUCCUCCAGAGGAAAACCCAGGAGCAAAUACAGUCCCAGUCAGCAGCGACAGGUUGGCAGACCCUGCACUCAUCAUCAAAGACAGACCGGCAGAGGAAGUGAGAGACAAAGCUCCAUCCGUGUCAGACAAACCUCUGACUCCUGCUGAAGUCCUUCAGGCCAAAGCGGCAAUAGAAGGAACCCAGAAGAGCAAGAUCAGUGCGAACGGCGUAUGAAGAUGAGCAGGAGAGCCUGGAGCAAGGGGAGGAAUGGACGGGUCUAAAACCCCUUAUUCUGUUUUUGAACCAGCAUCUCAUCCAGGAGUCCUGCCCGCUCCUUCAAUCUCCUCACUGCAGGUUCGGCGGCUUCACCUCAGCAGCCUUGACUCUCAGCUUUGUGCACUCCGAUCUCUGACACUCUCCCAAUGUGCUACCGCCCCGGCAGUCAGCUGAUGGCUGCUGAUUCUGUGACCUGAAGUCAUUUCCUGGUGAACUGUUUGUGACGACGAUGGUUUCUCCUUUUGUACAUUUGUAAAUAUGCUCAUUUUUGUUUUUGUGUUCUGUAACUGAAGCAGCAGCAGCUUUGUACAGUUUGGUAUGCGCAUACCAGGUUUUAUUCUGUUUUAUUUGCAGGCGUUUUUAACUCCUCUGCCGGCUGGGUGAGGAGUCAUCCCUUUUUCUUUUUUUUUUUCCCCCCAGCAGCUUCCCCACCUUUGUUAAAUUUCAGCUGUAGGCACCAGAAAGAUGUUGGUGAUGUGCUGCUGUUAAAUGAAGAGUGGCCGCUGAAAGGACGAGCUAUUUCAAGUGUAUUAUGUUUUAACACUAUGAUGCUAAAGAGUCUUUAAACGAAAAAUAUUUGAUGUCUGUAUAUAAGCCUGAAGCCACACAUGAAAUGAUUAUAUUUUUUGGUAUCGGGGCUGAUUUGCCCAAAUGUCUAACAUCAUUAUGUCCCCAUAUUUACUGUCAUCAAAGCUGGAAGGUUUCUCCAGUUUUGUGUGUGAUGCUUCAAAUUCCCUGUAAUCAUUUAAUGGAGAAGCAAUCUCUUCAUUUUUAUUUGUUGUUGUUUUUUUUUUCUUUUUACCCCACUCGUUGCUGUUUAUCCGUAGGCACCUCCUGGAAGUGGAUGCCAUAACUGAAAGGACAUUUUAACUCCAAUGAUUACUGGUAAAGACUUGUUUCACUGGUUUUACAUAUGUGCCUAAGGUUAGAGGGUGAUAUAUUGAAAUAUAUUAUUUUGGUUUUUCAGUCUGUGUUUGAAGCGCCCAGUUGCACCAUUUUCUCUGUAGCAGAAUGUCUCCUGUUUGCCCCCUUUCCCGUUUGAUCCAAAUGAAUCCUCGACUUAUAAUCAACAGUGUUGUUACUGAUGGGAAAAGCAGACACCUUUUCAAUCAGCUCUACAUCCUGCGCUGAAGGAGAUCAAUAAAAAGACUCAAAACUUA